UUAUACACCAUCGAACGAAUACAGUCCGCACAGGUGUCUUUUUGCUUCGCCUACGCGCGAUCUAAUUAGAUAUUUUAUAUAAUAUUCUCUCAGUCUGUAUCACAACAAGAAGUUGUUCUGCGUGCGUUGAAUGGUGUAAAGUAAAAUUCACCUUGGCUCCAUUCUGGACACUAAAGCGCCGCGCGGCCUUUCUUUAUUCCCGGCGCACACCAAAGGCAAACUCGGCUUUGGCCGCAGUGAGUGUUCGCCUCUCAAGGGAGCAACAUCCACACCGUCCGCUCUCUUCGAACUCAUUUUUUUUUGAACCGCAGCUGUGAUUUUCCACGAGUAUGUGGUCACUUUGUGAUUCCGUGCAGGUCGCACGUCAAGGAAAGGUGCUUAUCAAUCUGUUGAACGCGAGCAAAGCUACUGCCGGGCAAUCAGCCAAUUUCAGCUUAAUCAAGAAAAUGCCUUGCCCGUUUUUGACGCGUCUCUCUGCCACCUACAUUCGCAACUAUGCGCCGAGUCUGCUCAAGAACUACGGCAACCAGUGUCCGGUCGUGUCCCGCCUCAUCAGCAACAUGGCCAACGCCGAGACCAGCUCCUCCGAAGCUGGAGAGGCACUGAAAAAGUGCCCAUUCAUGUCUGACGUCAGCCUUGUCAAAGAGGCUAGCAAGGAGAUGCAGGAGGACAUCAUUGAACAUUCACCUGAGAAAGCUGCAGAAGAAACGUUUCCCUACGAGGCAUUCUUCCACAAGCAGAUCAUGAAGAAGAAGGAGGACCACUCGUACCGUGUGUUCAAGAAGGUGAACCGGCUGGCCAACAACUUCCCGGCGGCCAAGGAGUACACCUGGGGCGAGCAGCAGAUCACCGUGUGGUGCUCCAACGACUACCUGGGCAUGUCGCGCCACCCCGAGGUCAAGAACGCCGUGUAUGAAGCGUUGGAGGCCCACGGGGCCGGCGCCGGCGGCACCCGCAACAUCUCCGGCAACUCCAUGUUCCACGAGAACCUGGAGGCGGCCAUGGCCGAGCUGCACCAGAAGGAGGCCGCCCUCCUCUUCACCUCCUGCUUCGUAGCCAACGACUCCACCCUCUUCACUCUGGCGCAGGCCUUGCCCGGCUGCCACAUCUUUUCAGAUGCUGGUAACCACGCUUCGAUGAUCCAAGGCAUCCGCAACAGUCGAGUGCCAAAGCACAUUUUCCGACACAACGACCCCAAGCACUUGGAAGAGCUUUUGUCCAAGGUGGACAAAAGUGUGCCCAAAAUCGUGGCCUUCGAGACGGUGCACUCGAUGACCGGCGCCGUUUGUCCUCUGGAGGAACUGUGUGAGGUCGCCCACCGCUACGGCGCCCUGACCUUCGUCGAUGAAGUUCAUGCCGUCGGACUGUACGGGGAGCACGGGGCAGGAAUCGGCGAAAGGGACAACCAGAUGCACAACAUGGACAUCAUCUCUGGCACCCUUGGCAAAGCAUUUGGAAACGUGGGCGGCUACAUUGCCAGUUCGUCCAAGUUGGUGGACAUGAUUCGCAGCUACGCAGCCGGGUUCAUUUUCACCACCUCGCUGCCCCCGACCGUUCUCAACGGGGCACUCAAAGCUGUGCAGAUUUUGGCCUCCGAGGAGGGGAGACAGCUGAGGGCCCUGCACCAGGACAACGUCCGGUACAUGCGGUCCAAACUGCUGGCUGAAAAGCUGUCCGUCGAGCACACCCCCUCGCACAUCAUUCCAAUCAAGAUUGGAGACCCAAUGAAGAACACAAUGGUGUCGGACCUUCUUCUUAAGGAGUACGGCCACUACGUCCAGGCCAUCAACUACCCCACUGUACCAGUCGGGGAGGAAAAGCUUCGUCUGGCGCCGACUCCGCACCACACCAGGCCCAUGAUGGACCGGCUGGUGGCAGACAUUGUCAAAGUCUGGCACAAAGUGGGACUUCCACUCACUGGCCAGGUCUGCCCUCAGGCGUGCACUUUUUGCCAGAAGCCGCUGAUGUUCGACCGCUGUGAGUCCCGCACUGGUUGUCAGGAGCCGAACUGCCCCCAACUUGUGGCUGCAGCUUAAUUUCACUUCAAAGUGGAAUUUGGUGCCGGAUCUGUUCAUUGGUUUCCCUAUUAGAAUUGAUUGGUUUUGCUGUGGUUGAUUUUGAAAUUACUCAAUGAGAUAAAUUUAAUUCCUAAAAAAAUGUGCUCUGAUUUCUCUUCAAACAAAUGUGAUGCAUUCAAAUUUAUAUAAUGUUCGAGACAUUAUCUAUUCCACAAAUAGCAGAUUACUAAGGGCGUACUUUUGUGCGCCACUUUAUGAAUGUUGAAUGAAAUAUUCUAAUGUGCUUCAAUUAUAUUUUUCUGUUGACCAUUAAAACCAAGCAAGUGAA